GCCGGGGCCGUGGAUGGGGAGGGCGCGCCGCCCGGCGGUCCCGGCGCACAGGCGGCCGCGAUGAGGGUCAACGAGAAGUACUCGACGCUCCCGGCCGAGGACCGCAGCGUCCACAUCAUCAACAUCUGCGCCAUCGAGGACAUCGGCUACCUGCCGUCCGAGGGCACGCUGCUGAACUCGCUGUCCGUGGACCCUGACGCCGAGUGCAAGUAUGGCCUGUACUUCAGAGACGGCAAGCGCAAAGUGGACUACAUCCUGGUGUACCACCACAAGAGGCCCUCGGGCAGCAGGACUCUGGCCAGGAGGGUCCAGCACGCAGACGCCGCCCCGGCCGCCCGCAGCGUCAAGCAGGACCAGCCCCUGCCUGGGAAGGGGGGCCCAGUGGGAGCGGGCGAGCCCGAGCCCCCGAUGGACUACCACGAGGACGACAAGAGGUUCCGCCGGGAGGAGUACGAGGGGAACCUUCUGGAAGCCGGCCUGGAGCUGGAGCACGACGAGGACACUAAAAUUCACGGGGUUGGGUUUGUGAAAAUCCACGCGCCCUGGAACGUGCUGUGCAGAGAGGCGGAGUUUUUAAAGCUGAAGAUGCCGACAAAGAAGCUGUAUCACAUUAACGAGACCCGAGGCCUCCUGAAAAAGAUCAACUCCGUGCUCCAGAAAAUCACAGACCCCAUCCAGCCCAAGGUGGCCGAGCACAGACCCCAGACCACGAAGAGGCUCUCCUAUCCCUUCUCCCGGGAGAAGCAGCACCUAUUUGACCUGUCUGACAAGGAUUCCUUUUUCGACAGCAAAACCCGGAGCACAAUAGUCUACGAAAUUCUGAAAAGAACAACGUGUACCAAGGCGAAGUACAGCAUGGGGCAAGGAGAGGGAAGAAAGAAGGAUCCCGUCCUUUUAAGUAAAAGGCGAAAAUGUGGUAAAUACGGCAUCACAAGCCUGCUGGCCAAUGGCGUCUACUCGGCCGCCUACCCCCUGCACGAUGGAGACUACGAAGGUGAGAACGUGGAGUUCAAUGACAGAAAGCUCCUGUAUGAAGAGUGGGCGAGUUACGGGGUCUUCUAUAAGUACCAGCCCAUCGACCUGGUCAGGAAGUAUUUUGGGGAGAAGAUUGGCCUGUACUUCGCCUGGCUGGGCGUGUACACGCAGAUGCUCAUCCCCGCCUCCGUGGUCGGGAUCAUCGUCUUCCUUUACGGCUGCGCCACCGUGGAUGAGAACAUCCCCAGCAUGGAGAUGUGUGACCGGAGACACAACAUCACCAUGUGCCCGCUGUGCGACAGGACCUGCAGCUACUGGAAGAUGAGCUCGGCCUGUGCCACGGCCCGGGCCAGCCACCUCUUCGACAACCCGGCCACCGUCUUCUUCUCCGUCUUCAUGGCCCUCUGGGCCGCCACCUUCAUGGAACAUUGGAAGCGGAAACAGAUGCGGCUCAAUUACCGCUGGGACCUCACUGGCUUCGAGGAGGAGGAGGAGGCUGUCAAGGACCAUCCCAGAGCCGAAUACGAAGCCCGAGUUUUGGAGAAGUCGCUUAGGAAAGAAUCCAAAAACAAAGAGACGGACAAGGUGAAGCUGACCUGGAGGGACCGGUUCCCAGCCUACUUCACCAACUUGGUCUCCAUUGUCUUCAUGAUCGCGGUGACCUUCGCCAUCGUCCUUGGAGUCAUCAUCUACAGAAUCUCCACAGCCGCCGCCUUAGCCAUGAACUCCUCCCCGUCGGUGAGGUCCAACAUCCGGGUCACAGUCACGGCCACCGCGGUCAUCAUCAACCUGGUGGUCAUCAUCCUCCUGGAUGAGGUCUACGGCUGCAUAGCCAGGUGGCUCACUAAGAUUGAGGUUCCGAAGACAGAGAAGAGCUUCGAGGAGAGGCUGAUCUUCAAGGCUUUCCUGCUGAAGUUCGUGAAUUCCUACACCCCCAUCUUUUACGUGGCUUUCUUCAAAGGCCGGUUUGUGGGCCGCCCGGGCGACUACGUGUACAUUUUCCGUUCUUUCCGGAUGGAGGAGUGCGCCCCGGGGGGCUGCCUCAUGGAGCUGUGCAUCCAGCUCAGCAUCAUCAUGCUGGGCAAGCAGCUGAUCCAGAACAACCUGUUUGAGAUCGGCAUCCCGAAAAUGAAGAAGUUCAUCCGCUACCUGCGGCUGAGGCACCGGAGCCCCGCGGACCACGACGAGUACGUGAAGAGGAAGCAGCGAUACGAGGUGGACUACACCCUGGAGCCCUUCGCGGGCCUCACCCCCGAGUACAUGGAGAUGAUCAUCCAGUUUGGCUUUGUCACCCUGUUUGUCGCCUCCUUUCCCCUGGCCCCGCUGUUCGCGCUGCUGAAUAACAUCAUCGAGAUCCGCCUGGACGCCAAAAAGUUCGUCACCGAGCUCCGCAGGCCAGUGGCCGUCAGAGCCAAAGACAUCGGAAUCUGGUACAACAUCCUCAGAGGCGUCGGGAAGCUGGCCGUCAUUAUCAACGCCUUCGUGAUCUCCUUCACGUCUGACUUCAUCCCUCGCCUGGUGUACCUCUACAUGUACAGCGAGAACGGGACCAUGCACGGCUUCGUCAACCACACCCUCUCCUCCUUCAACGUCAGCGACUUCCAGAACGGCACGGCCCCCAACGACCCCCUGGAGCUGGGCUACGAGGUGCAGAUCUGCAGGUACAAGGAUUACCGCGAGCCCCCAUGGUCGGAACACAAGUACGACAUCUCCAAGGACUUCUGGGCCGUCCUGGCGGCACGGCUGGCGUUCGUCAUCGUCUUCCAGAACCUGGUCAUGUUCAUGAGCGAUUUCGUGGACUGGGUCAUCCCGGAUAUCCCCAAAGACAUCAGCCAGCAGAUCCACAAGGAGAAGGUGCUCAUGGUGGAGCUGUUCAUGCGGGAAGAGCAGGGCAAACAGCAGCUGCUGGACACGUGGAUGGAGAAGGACCGGAAGAAAGAUGAGCCGUGCAACAACCACAACCCCAAAGCCUGCCCGGACAGCCCCGAAUACCCUGGGGGCGCCCUGUAGCUGCCCCCAGCGCCCCCAGCGACGGGCACCCUCCCCCCGGGCGGGCGGCUUCCCGCCUCCAGCAGGCCCAGUGGCUCCUGUGUUUGCUGCACACGUGGAAGACCACAUUCUGAUAGGACAACAUUUUUCUGUCUUUCCUUCUGUGUUUUAUUUUUCCUUGUUUUUGCACAAAACCGUUACGCAGGGAAUUUUUUUAUCUUUAGCAUUCAAGGUUAAUCAAAAUGAUCGCUGGGAGGGGUGGUAACACGCAGCGCAUGCAGGCGCUUUGCAGAAGCAAUUCUCGGAGACCUUGGGUCUCCUGUGCGGUGGAAGGUGAGCAGAGGCUUCUGGAAAUCUUCUGUAAUCCUCCUGAUGCCUCAAGAGGGAUGCAGGAUGGUAUUCCAAGGCGUUGAGCGAAAGUUGGUGUGUUACUGGAGGGAGACGGAGGAACGGAUGAGAAAUAGAUGAUGUUGAUGCUGGUUCCAAAAGGCGUCACCGGCCUGUAGGUCAGAAAAGUGAGAUGACUUGUCAUCUCUUCCUUCCUUAGGUUCAGAAACCAAGACGCUCUGGUGAGAAAGAGAGGUGCCCUGGCCCCGUCCACUCAGGGGGCCUGGGAGCUUAGAAUUUACUCUUGGAGAACAAGAGGGGUGCAGGUGGCCCUGAGUAGGCAGGCGACCCGCACCUUUGGGGCCCCCACUGUCAGCCACACACCCCCAACCACCACGAGCUGACCUCAGAAUUGUUCGUCCCCCUUGUGGGACAAACCCGGUUGACAGGAAAACAGGCAGUGACAGAUUACCUCGGAGGCAUUUCUAGAGAUGGUGUAAGGGUUUCAAGAAGUCUUAAAGCAUCCCGGGGGGACACUUACAGCCUUAGGAUAUUUAUUGGGGUUUUUUGUAAAUCAAUUCUAUGGUGGAUUUGAGGGGUUUUUUCUGUAGCUCAAAGGUAGAAGGAGUUUAUUUUCUUAGUUAACCAAAUAUCAUUGAGAGGAAUUUAAAAUACUGUUACUACCAAAGAUUUUUAUUAAUAAAGGCUUCUAUUUUGGUAACACUUCUCUAUAUUUUUACUUACAGGAAUGUACUGUUGGACAAUUAUUAUUUUAAAAGCUUGUAAAGACAAGUCUCAUAGAUGAUAUGAGUCAUCUAAAUUUGCAGCAAUUCUACUAACCAAUUCUCUGAAAUUUCUCAAGCACAAGGGAAACAUAAAAAAUGUGUCACCGAAGGGAGGGAAGACGACUUCAACGUGUGUGUCUCAGACACGUGGCUGGUGUGAUGUUGACUUUCCCAUAAGCUGCCAACUGUGACUGAAGCCCAGAGGUGUCAUAGAUUUUCAUUAUUUGCUAAAAUCAUGCGAUCUGAUGCUUCUCUUUUCUCUUGUACAGUCAGUAGUUUGAAAUGGGGUUUUUGUAUAUAAAUAUUGUAUUAAAAAUUAGGUGAUGACCAAACA